AUGGACGAGGAGGAGGAGGAUGAGUGGUGGUUGAAUGACGAGUGGCGUUCACGGCUACAGGUGGAGCAGACAUCGAAAGGGCCGAAUAUUAUUCUUCUACCAGAAUAUAGGGCCUCCCUGGCUAAGCGCUGGCGUAAAACUCUAAUCGUAACUGUGUUAGGAAGAAUGGUUCGCGACGACGCUCUGGAGAUGAAACUUAAAAAGCUGUGGGGUGAAGUGGAGGUUAUUGAUAUUGGUUCGGGGUUCUUUCUGGUAAAGUGCAUAAGUGAUGCGAGUUAUGAUCUUGCCUUAACUGGGGGGCAUUGGCUCAUGUUUGAUCACUAUAUAAGCGUUCAACCAUGGAAAGAGGAUUUUGAUCCUGAUAAUGAAAAAGUAUCAACAGUAGCAGCGUGGGUUCGAGUUGCUAAGUUACCUAUGGAUUAUUAUGAAAAGGGGAUUCUUCAUGUAGUGGGUAGCCAAAUCGGACAAGUCUUGGAGUUCGAUAUGAAUACAAUGAGCAGAUCUAAGGGUAAGUUUGCAAGAAUCUGUGUCAAUUUGGACUUGCAAAAACCGCUCCCACCUUGCAUCCUUAUCAAUGAUAAGGAGAAGAAGGUUGAGUAUGAGGGACUCCACCUAAUAUGUUUCAAUUGUGGCAAGUACGGCCAUAACAAGGAACAUUGUUCGGAGGCAAGGAGGUACAGGGAAGAAGGGGAAACAAACAAAGGAAGUGAUACGGAUGUCUCCAAGGUGAUUGAGGAACUGAAUUACGGUGGCUGGAUGGUGGUGCAGCGGCCAUGGCGAGGGAGAGAGACGCUGGCCUGGAACAGAAAGGGAGGGAUUUACAGAAUGAGAAUCGCGACAAUCAUGCUCACAAAUCAGGCUUGA